AUGCCUGGGCUACCUUCAUCCGUCGAUCUCGACGAGUGCAUCUCGCGCUUGUACAACAAGGAGUUGCUAGCCGAGUCUGUCAUUGAAGCAGUCUGCGCCAAGACGAAAGAACUUCUUAUGCGCGAGUCCAACGUCGUCCAUGUUAAAGCGCCCAUUACCGUCGUAGGCGAUAUUCACGGCCAGUUCUUCGACCUAAUCGAGAUUUUCCGCAUCGGCGGCUACUGCCCCGACACAAACUAUUUGUUCCUUGGAGACUACGUUGAUCGUGGUAUGUUCAGUGUCGAAACGAUAUCGCUACUCGUUUGCUUGAAACUACGGUACCCUAAUCGCGUACAUCUUAUUCGAGGAAAUCAUGAGUCGCGCGGUGUGACACAGUCGUAUGGCUUCUAUACAGAGUGCUCGCGCAAGUAUGGCAAUGCCAAUGUGUGGCACUACUUUACAGACAUGUUCGACUUCUUAACUUUGAGCGUUGUGAUCAACGACCAAAUAUUUUGCGUCCACGGAGGCCUUUCCCCUUCUAUCCAUUCAAUCGACCAGAUCAAAAUCAUAGACCGUUUCCGUGAGAUCCCUCAUGAAGGCCCCAUGGCUGAUCUCGUCUGGUCUGAUCCUGACCCUGAGCGCGACGAGUUCUCCCUUUCACCCCGCGGCGCGGGGUACACUUUUGGAGCACAGGUUGUUAAGAAAUUCCUGGCUGUCAACAAUAUGUCGCAUAUCCUCCGCGCCCACCAGCUCUGCCAGGAGGGCUUCCAGGUGCUUUACGACGACCGUCUCAGCACUGUCUGGAGCGCGCCCAACUACUGCUACCGUUGCGGAAACAUGGCCAGUGUUCUUGAAGUGAGUGACACGGGCGAGCGUUUCUUCAACGUUUUUGCGGCCGCGCCCGAGAACGAUGUUCACAAGGACCUCCAACCCGGAAACGAAAAGUCUGCCGACGGUAAUGCAUUGCCAGACUACUUCUUAUAG